AUGGAGAUCGAGCACACCAAAGCCGAUAUAAUCGAGCGACAACUUCGACAAGGGUUUGGGCCCCGCCACCGGCAAGAGGCUAGUGCACUCAUUGGAGAAGAAUGUAAGGCCGAAAGCGCGCAUGUGUGGUUGGGCCCAACGGUGAACAUACAAAGGAGCCCCCUAGGUGGGUGUGGUUUCGAGUCAUACUCUGAGGACCCUUUGCUCAGCGGCCAUCUCGCAGCAGCCAUCAUACAAGGCGUGCAGAAGCACGGAAUCGCAUCGACCGUCAAGCACUUCGUCGCCAACGAUAUGGAGCACGAGCGCAAGGCCGUUGACUGCAUCGUCUCGCAAAGAGCCCUUCGCGAGAUUUAUCUUCUUCCUUUCCAGAUUGCAGUCCGAGAUGCUUCACCAAUGGCUUUCAUGACCUCUUACAAUAAACUCAAUGGUUGUCACGUAAGCGAACACCACCAUCUGCUGCAAAAGCUGCUUCGAGAGGACUGGCGCUGGCAAGGUCUGGUCACCAGUGACUGGUAUGGCACGUAUUCAACGACGGAAGCCGUGAAUGCAGGACUCGAUUUGGAGAUGCCUGGUCCAACGGAGUGGCGAGGUUUGAUCCUAGCCAAUGCAAUCCGCGCCGGUAAGAUCUCCAUGAAGACACUUGAUACCCGAGUGGGCGCGGUACUGCGUUUGAUCGACCAGACUUCCAAGUCUGGGGUCUCAGAACGUGGGCCGGAAAGCACGAACGACACGACACAGACGUCAGAGAAGCUCAAGCAGCUCUCCACUGAGGGACUGGUGUUGCUGAAGAAUCAGGAUAGUGUACUUCCUCUGGAUAUAACCAAGACUGUGGCAAUCAUUGGACCCAACUCCAAGAUAUUGCAGUUCUGCGGGGGUGGUUCUGCUGCACUUCGUCCAUACAAAAACACAACGAUCUAUGAUGCCAUGUUGGAGGCGAAUCCAAGCACCAAGUACGCUCUCGGCUGCGAAACACAUGCGCAGCUGCCGUCUCUGGGCCCGUUACUUCGGAUACCCGGAGGAAGGACUUGUUUCUUUACCUUCAACGUCUAUCUUGAGCCUCCAGAAGAUGUCGAUCGAGUACCAAUUGAUUCCCUCGAGUUGGACGAUACCAAUGUGCUGUUAAUCGACUAUCAGCACUCCAAAGUCAAGGAGGACUUGCUCUUUGCAACGAUGAGUGCUGAACUAUGCCCUGAGGAAUCUGGAGAAUACAUGUUUGGCUUGACGGUUGCUGGGACUGCUCUUUUAUACAUCAACGACGAGCUCUUGAUCGACAAUUCAACAGUCCAAACAUCAGAUGACAGCUUUUUUGGGUCAGGGACCGUAGAGGAGCGAGCGAAGACGUAUCUUGAGGCGGGCAAGACGUACGAAUGGCGCGUUGAAUUCGGAAGCGCACCUACAUCGAAGACCAAGCAGAACGGGGUGACCACAUUCGGACCAGGAGGCGUUCGAGUUGGUUGUACCCGCAUCAUCAAUGCCGAAGAGGAAAUUUUCAAAGCCGUCUCUGUAGCACGCCAAGUCGACCAAGUCGUCCUCUGCUGCGGUCUCAGCGGUGAUUGGGAAUCUGAAGGUUUCGAUCGCGCCAAUAUGGACCUUCCUGGUCUUCAGAAUCGUCUCAUCGAAGAAAUCUGCAAGGUCAACAGUAGGACAGUCGUGGUCCUCCAAAGCGGUACUCCCGUCACUACUCCGUGGGUGGACCAAGCUCCAGCGAUAUUGCAAGCUUGGUAUGGUGGCAACGAAACAGCCAAUGCUAUCGUGGAUGCACUGUACGGCAGGUCCUGCCCUAGUGGAAAACUUCCACUCAGUUGGCCUCGACUGAAUCAAGACAACCCGGCCUUCCUGAACUAUCGCAGCGACGAAGGUCGCUGUCUGUACGGCGAGGACGUCUAUGUCGGGUACAGGUACAACGAGAAAGUGGGACGCCAAGUUCAAUGGCCCUUCGGUUUCGGUCUCUCUUAUGCACAAUUCCAGCUAUACGGGCUGACCACCACACGUCAAGGCUCUGAUGUCAUGAGUGAAAAACUCUUGGUCACUGUUCAGGUCAAAAACACAUCUACAAAGCAUGAUGGCGGCGAAGUUGUGCAACUCUACAUUAGCCCUCCGACAUGUGGCAUCGGACGUCCGCUCAAGGAGCUCAAAGCAUUCUCGAAAGUGGUUGUACCUCACGGCGAGACUGUGACUGCAAGCAUGUGCGUACAGUUGCGCCAUGCGACAAGCUAUUGGAGCGAGCGCGAGGAUGCCUGGGUGUCACAAAAAGGACGAUAUAAGGUCUUCGUUGGCACAAGUAGCGACAACACUUCUCUUGAAGCGGCCUUCGAGACCGCGAGCACUUUCUCCUGGAAUGGGAUGUAA